AUGUCUGUUCUGACUCCUCUCGUGAAAGUGGCCGAUGCUCUCAAUCAGCUCAAUGCCAAAUUCACAGCAUUGACUUUCCAAGAACAAAAAGCGUUGACAAUUACUGAAAGAAUUCGGUUCUACAAUUGGACAUUUGAAUUCUGGGCUCUAGGCGUUUUGGCCCUCAUCUACGUUUUCCACGUUAUUGGUACGAGAAUCAACAAGAAUCGUGCUGUCAAUUUGUUCAAAGGUUUUAGACAGUGCUUCGAAGAGUUGGCAUUUGCCAAAAUCGGGUUCACGACCAAAUCUGGCCAAAAUCAACCAUUUGUGGCCGAAAAUAACAACACUUGGUUUACCGGUUUUGCAACAGGCCGCUCCAGCGUGGAAAGCGUCACAGUGCGUGCCCGCUUGCUCGCACGUUUUAAUCCGCUCUCGAUACUUAUGGAAAAGUCGUUAGGUCUGUUUUUGCCUGCUCUAUUUGAAGCCGAUACCGAGGAAUUCGUUGAGGUUACAAUUAAGGCAAAUGGUGUGUAUGUGACAAGUACUACCGCAGAUCUUCCUAAAGCACCAAGUGACCCAGCAUCUGUUCUAUCCAAGUUCAAGUUUGUUGCAUCUAUUGUCAACAAAUCCGACAUGUCUAAGGCUCGCGAAAACAACUACUAUCUGUCACUCACACACACUUCAGAAAGUGAAAAAUUGCCAAUCCAGUACGUGUACAUGUCCGAAAACAACCAGCUGAACUCUUUCUUCGACCACUAUGGUGGCGCUGCUUUGAAAACGCUGUUGAGCGAAAGCGCACAUUUCCUGUCGUUUUUGGCCUUCACCGAUCUUCCAGAGGCGAAGCCAAUUACUGAGAGAUCCUGGGAGCGCAACCAGCAGCCAAGAUGUGUUCUGAGAUUCAAAGUGGUUACCAGUGACGCUGACAUUGCUCGUUUGACCAAGCUGGUCACUACUGCCGUGGGUAUCGUCGACGCUGCCACGCAGGAUUACGUUCAAAACCCAAACAAAGCAUUUAUCACCAACGAUAUGUUGAAGAGAUCUGCCAACUUGCGUUCUCAAGAACUUGCCAAAGUUGUGAAGGUUAUGAAACAGGCGGAAAGAGACCUCUUGCAAGAGAAAAAACAGGAGCAGGAAAGAGAGAAAAGACGCGAAUCUAGAAACAAGCUCAGCGGGGAAGAACAGGACAAGCAAGAACAAAAAAUGCGCGAAAAGAGAGAAAGACGCCAGCGCAACAAACAGAAGACCCGUAUGUGA